AUAGCUUUUGCCACUACGUUAAUUAGUGAUUCAUAAUCCACUGUACAUACCAAAGUAGUUGAAGGAACAAUAAGCGUUGUUAUAUAUUAUUGGGAUACUCUGGGCUUCUUUACUGUUAUGAAGCUUAGUUGAUAAAAACAACAACUGUGGCAUGAGGCGAUUUCGUUUUAGAUAGUAAUGUUACACAAUAUUUUUUGAUAAUUUAGCUAUGUCGUAGUCUCUGAUUGAAUUCUGUGAGCUCCAGUAAGUAUCAUAGACUAUGCAACAGAACUCUAUAUAGCCAAAACAGAAACCUCAAUUGCUGUAGAUGCUAGAUAUUAAACAUCAUAAUAGUUUGGAUGGCCAAGCUGAUCUUAUGAUGCCCGUUGAACAUUCAGAAGAUUUUUUGAACAUGAUGGAUUACACAUCGUAGCUUUGUAUAAUGAAGGAAACUACCGUUACACCCGUAAACUUAAUCCCAUAGUGUAAUCUCAAGAACAGUUUGGUUGGAUGACCUAGGAUAUCCCAACAGAUCCGAUACUGUCUAUUGAAUUACAAAUCGCAGCUUUGUAUCUAUACAGUUUGGAUGACCUAGGAUAUCCCAACAGCUCUGAUACUGCGUAUUGAACUUUCAGAAGACUUACUGGACAUGAUAGAUUACAAAUCGUAGCUUUGUAGAAUGAAAGAAGUUACCGUUACACCUGUAGACUUUAGGAUCAAAGCUCAAGAACAGUUUGGAUGACCUAGGAUAUCCCAAUAGCUCUGAUGCUGUCUAUUAAACUUUCAGAAGACUUACUGGACAUGAUAGAUUACAAAUCGUAGCUUUGUAAACUGAAAGAAGUUUUCGUUACAUCCGUAGGCUUUAGCAUUUAAACUCAAGAACAGUUUAGAUGACCUAGGAUAUCCCAACAGCUCUGAUACUGCAUAUUGAACUUUCAGAAGACUUACUGGACAUGAUAGAUUACAAAUCGUAGCUUUGUAGAAUGAAAGAAGUUACAGUUACACCCGUAUACUUUAGAAUCUAAACUCAAGAAUAGUUUGGAUGACCUAGGAUAUCUCAACAGCUCUGAUACUAUGUAUUGAACUUUCAGAAGAGUCACUGGACAUGAUAGAUUACAAAUACAGUCAGGUUUUUUUUUACGCGGGGGAUACGUACCGCGUAAAAAUAAAACUCAGUUCAAAAUUCAAAAAAUCGCGUAAAAAAGUCUCACCAUUUCUCGACGAAUCAUGCAAAAAUAAGACGAUGAAUUUUUUUUUGUAAGUAAACCGCGUAAAAAAAGACCUGAUUGUAGUAUCUUUGUAUAAUGAAAGAAGUUACCGUUACUCCCGUAGACUUUAGGAUCUAAUCUCAAGAACAGUAUGGAUGACCUAGGAUAUCCCGACUGAUAUUAUACUAUCUACUGAACUUUCAGAAGAUUGACUGGACAUGAUAAAUUACAAAUCAUAGCUUUGUACAAUGAAAGAAGUUACCGUUAGGAUCUAAAUUCAAGAACAAUUCGGAUGACCUAGCAUAUCUCGACUGAUCUGAUGCUGUCUAUUGAAUUUUCAGAAGACUUACUAGACAUGAUAGGUUACAAAUCGUAGCUUUGUAUAUUGAAAGAAGUUUCCGUUACACCCGUAGACUUUAGGAUCUAAAUUCAAGAAUAGUUUGGAUGACCUAGGAUAUCCAGAAAAAAUAUUCUGCAUGAUAGUCUACCCUUUUAAUGCUAUUGAGCACCAAAACAAUAGAAAAACGUAGAAAAAGUUUCAUAAUAACGCUUGGAAAAAUUCCGGCUUCAAUGGGUUAAAUGAUUCAUUAAAAAAUACCUCGAAAGUUUACUUCAUAGAAUCUCCCAGAGCUUCUUUCGAGAAAUUCGUCCAAGUUUGCUUCAGAAAUUCGUCUACAGAUUCCUGCAGUAACUUCUCCAAGGAUUUCUUCAGAAAACCUUUCUUGAGUUCUUUCCAAUGUUGCUUCAUAGGAAUCUGAAAAUCAUCCAGGGAUUCUUUCAGAAAUUUGAGAGAUUCUUUUUCAAAUCCUUCCGGCAAUUCUUACAGAGCUUCUUCAGAGAUUGUUUCAGGAAUUCCUCCGGAUAUUCCUCUACAUAUAUACUUUUUCAAAAAAAAAACACGCUGUUUUCCAUGUAAAUCUAAAAAUUUCUCCACGGAUUUUUUUCAGAAAUUCAUUUAUAAGAAUUUUUUCUUGGGGGUUACUAUAAGAAUUCCCUUGGGAAUGCUAAAUUAACACAAGUUUCUUUUGAAAAUCGUUUCAAGAAAAGAGAUUCUUAUUUGGAAUUUUGCCAGGGGAUUCCUUCAAAGAUUUCUAUAGGAAUUCGACUACAGAUUAUGGCAAAAACUCCUCCAUGAAUUCCUGCUGAAAUAUCUCCAGAGACUUAUUCUGCAUUCCAAGGAUUUCUCCAUGAACUACAGUGGGGGCUUUUCAGAAAUUCCUUAUGAGAUUCCCAUAGAAAUCCUCCAGGGAUGUUUUCAGGCGUUGCUCUAUAACUGCUGGAGAGACAUGUUUCUCUUUUGUUUGGGAAUAGGCACAGAAAAUUGUCACAAAAAUUUUGAAAAAUGAUGAGUGCAACACCGUAGGUCACCACUCUGUUAUUGGAAUUUUGAAUUUAUCAUAAAAUCUUUGAGUUAUGAUGAGUUACUUUUUUUCUUGAGAAGUUUUACAAUGUUGCGAUAUUACGUAACGUUUUCUUCUACUUCUUCUGGUUUCUGGCCUACCGUCCCAACCGGGAGAAAGUUCACUUUUGACCACUUCUAGCGGGACACCCAGAACCGCUUCCGGAACACUACUGGUAGCCUUAAAUGUGACCAGAGCCUAUUUUCUUCAUUAUGUUACGAAAAACCCACGAUUGAUGUGUCGCAUGCUAGAUUUGGUUGAUUUUUACAUUUGACCAAUCCCAACGGGGCAUCCGGAACCGGUUCCGGAACACUACCGGUAGCCUCAAAUGUGGUCUGAUCCUGUUUUCUUGCUCACCGUUGCUCAGGUUAUCGAAAAUGCCGAAAUAUAGCAGAUAUACCAAAGUUUUAUUAUUUCACCAGAUAUAUAUAAAAAAAUCGAAAUUUGGAAUGGCGCUUACGUCACUUUGCAGAAAUGCGGCAGUGGAGUACCGAUGUGGAACACAUAAAUAGCCAUUACUCUGGAACAACUUGACCGAUGUGACCCAUUUCCAAUAGGAAUCAAUGGGAGUAGAUUUCGCGUCGAAUGAACCAUCGGUCGCUAAAAUCGGUUGAUAUUUACUACCUACAAAUUAGGUGACCUUUUUGUACACACACAUGCACACAAAUACAUACAGACAGACAUCAUCUCAAUUUGUCGAGCUGAGUCGAUUGGUAUAAAAAAGACACACCGUCAUCAACCUUGUGGCUUCUACAGACUGAACAUGACUUACAUUCGACAACGGAAAACACACAACACCCAGCAGCCCAGAGGAGAACUUUUCGUUUGACGAAAAGUUUUCCCCGACUGGAGCGGGAAUCGAACCCACACUCCGAGGCUUACAAGACACCUAAACGACUGACGCCACUAACCGCUCGGCCACGAAGCCCACAUACAAGACAUGACGCCCCCAGGGGUUCUUUCUUUUUGGAGUGAACAUACAGCCUUUCGGUACACAUGGAUGUACGAGAAAGGCAAAAAGGUUUAAACUAUACUGUAAGUUUUCUUUAUGAAAUGUAUUUAUCACUUUCGUUGAGAAUCCGAAAUAAAAUUUCUUGUUAUUAUGCUAGUGUUGGAUGAGUUGCAUCAAAUUUCCUCAGAUACUUUAAAAAGAUAAAACUUUGCGGAAUACUUAAACCAUCUUUUAAAGAAAAUUUGAAAAAAAAACUUUAGCCUAAUAACCACCGAUCAACGGUUGUGGCACCAAUCUAGAUGGGCGCAAUAAUAAGACAACGUUACGGCUCUGGAGUGAGUAGGGUUUCUAUUUUGUACACUUUCCGCUGUAGCUCAGUCAAUUUCGAACCAAUUUACUUAAUUUUUGUACGUGAUUAAAUACGUAAAGUAUCUAGCCAUGUAGCCUACUAAAAUUCAAGGCAAGUCGACUGAUGAUAUGACAGGUAACUCUUCUUUGUGUGGUAGUAAAAUCGAAAGUUUUUGGCAAGGAAGUUAUCCAGAGCGUAAAACAAACAUACGAAGUAGCGUAACAAAACCAUUCUUGAUUUCUUAUUCACUAAUAUUUUAUAAUAUUUUGUCGUUUUUCAACAAUCAACGUUUUUCGCGAUUUUUCAUACGAUUUGACCAUUCUUAACGGCUCUACCUCAUUUGGCAUAAUGCCAUUUGCCAUAACGCCGUUUGGCAUAAUGCCAUUAGGCAUCAAGGCCAUUUGGCAUAAUACCGUUUUGCAUAAUACGAAGAAUAGCCUUGUUGGUAAGAAUGUGUAUAAUCCUUGUUAUGUCAAAUGGCCAUAUUCAACGUAUUCCCGUAAAAUGUGUUUGGUUUGACACAUAUGCAUUAGGAAAAAAAUUAAACUCACAUGGUUUCUGGUAAAAAUGUCAAAAUUAGCUUAAAAACUGUUUUUUUCAUUGAUUGGUUUUUAUUUUUUAAAUAACUCGAAAACAGUAGGCUGUGGAAUUUUGACGUGUGAGAAAGAGUUGUUUAUUUUACCAAAACAAACAACUUUGCCGAAGACUCCAAGUCUCUGGGACAUAAAACAAAGAAGUUAGAUGGUGGCGCCACCUAUGCGGACGAGUUACGAACUACUACGUUCUUAGCAAUAGAUGCUUCUGCUGAUGUCAAACAACUUUGUCGAAGACACCAUGUAUAGGAAAUGCUUCGUUUAGGAGUAAUCAAUUUAGUUCCGCUAGAUUGCGAUUCUGGCCCUUAGUGCAAUGGGUCCAGAGCCGUAUACCAUUAUCCUAUCUCUUAUGAUUCUUAACUUAUAAUUUUUAAAAUAAUCAUGUUAGGGUGAUCCAUGAAAUUCAGUUUUCUUGCGAUAACUUUUAAUCCAUUCAUUUCUCGUGAAAACUUUGAUCCGAGCACUUUUAGAACUAUCAAUGACGCAUAUUUUUUUCAAAGAGCUCAAUGUUCUAUCUCUCAUAGUUAAAAAGAUAUUGGCAUUUUUCUACGAAAAAUCACUUUUUUUAAGUCAUAUCUUAAAAAGGAGCUGGUUUCUGAAAAAAAUGGAAAACAUAUUCCACCACAAAAAAAAAUCAGAAGAUACCUUGAUCCAUACUCUACAUGUGUUCGCGACAGUAGAAGACCCCUCGUCACCGGGUAUCACACGCAGCUCUCGGUCGACCGUGAUCAUGACAGACAAGAAUGAUGUCAUGUAAGCUGUCAUUAUCACUUUGAUAGAUGUUCAUUAUUAACGAAAAAGUCUAAUCAAAAACGAAGAACAGUGAAACACGUUAAAAAUUGAAUUCCUUUAUUAUUUGCUAAUUUUCCUGUAAGUAUUAAAUAAAUAUUGAAAUUGAGCACAAAUACUAAUUAAAUAAAUAGUUUACAAGGACACUGAUAUUAUACAAACUACUUGUUACACGAAGACGGAUUGUAAACGAAGAAGACUAGAUAAUGUAAGUAAAACAAACUAUUGAACUUUAAAACUAAUAACCAAACAAACAAUAAAUAUUUCAGCUUAAAGCUUACUCUGAACAAAUAGACGAGUUUGCCUUUGAGACGUCCGAACGACUUCACCGUCACGGUAACAAGAUCUUUAAGAUUAUCUACACGAAUUACGAGUGCAUCUAACCAUGUCGAAGGAUGGCUCACGUGGGAAAUCUAACCCCAAAUCGAAUGCAGGUGCCGAUUCAACAUUGCAUCAGUGCAUGAUAUGCAGCCUCCCGAAUGAUGCUGAUCGGAAGAUGGUCCAGUGCGACCUGUGCGACCAAUGGUUUCAUUUUAUGUGUGCAGGGGUCAAUGAUAGCAUCGAAGAUGAGAACCGAAGUUAUGUUUGUGUAGCCUGUACUCUACCAGCUCCGUCUGUAUCAUCAACGUCCAGUAGUGUCCGAGAAGCGAGGAUGCGACUCGAAAUGCAACGUUUAGAUGAGGAGAAGCGGCUUCAGGAACGGCUGCUAGAGGAACAAGAGAAGCAGGGAAGGGCUCUGCAAGAAAUGACGAUACGUUUGGAGAGAGAACGCGGUGAGAAAGCAAUUGCGGCGAUGCUUGCUCUUGAGAGGGAACACAUUCAGCAAAAGUAUAGUAUGCUUCACACACAGCUGAACGAUGAUGGUGAUGUAGGUAGCGUUCGGAGCCGAAUGAACUAUGGCACAACAAGUAAAGUUCAAGAUUGGAUGAACCAGAAUACAGCCGUAACCCUAAGUACCAAUACUGGAAACAACCCCACUGGGCUUACGUUACAACCAGCUGCAUCCGUUAGUUCAACCCAGAUCAACUCGUCUGUUGUCGUAGCUUCUGGUAACACAGCAACACCAUCCCAAGAUCAACGUGUAUCCCAGCCAGAGCCAGUACACUCGCAAGAAGAUUCGGUCGUCACUCGAUCACACGGUCUUUCGCCGCUAGCCACCCCACAAACGAAUGGUCAGCCUGUAUCGAUGCAGCCACAAAUUGAGCAACCUGCGAGUUCCCUGUCGAUGUUGUGGUGCUACAGGAAUCCAAUACCUACACCGUCGGCGAGCGUACAAGAGACUGCGACAGUAGUGGCUACGACGAGUGAUAUAAACAAUGUUUUUGUUAUUUCGCCCCCUGUUUGCUCAACCACUUCGUACGCACAACUGGCACCGAUUCCCAAUUCAUUGUAUUCGCACCAGUCAAUUGCUUUGCCGUCUACAUCGUUUCCACCGAUCGCUCAGCAGCAGCCUACAGCAUCGUCAGUAAGACGAGGACCACCGUACCCAGCAGUCGUGUCAUCUAGCUCCACGCAGUACGCUCAAAGAGGUUCGUUACCAUGGAAUACUACGUUGCCGCCGCCAGCACAUCAGUCAACACCAACAAGCAUACCGCUUGGAAGACAGUCGAUGGCUAGAACUGCGGAGAAUCUACCCUUUCAUCCGCACUCAGCUCAGCAACAGGUAACAUCCAGCCGCCUUAGGCUACUCCCAGGGCAAAAUAAUAUAGUAAAUCCUGCUGUGGGUCAGUAUAUCCCCUCAACUGUGGUGGUAAGUAACCAACCCCAGUUCAGUGACACACGGAACAUGUAUCAAAAUCAUUGGGCAUCCGCACCAAACCAAAAUUUGUCGUAUGGAUCCCAAAAUGCUCCAAAUAACAUGGGUAAUGUAAGUGGUCAGGGACAUCUAGGGCACAUCCCAAAUCAAACCAAUCAGUUCUCUCACCAAAUACCGAUAAAUAUAAUGCCAGCUAACAGUGUGGGGUUGAAUGUAUCCAGUUUUCCAACACCAAGUGGGUAUGGGCUAGCUUCCUUUCCAUCAACGGGGUCAGAGAUGGGACCAAACGCUCAACAACUCGCUGCGCGUCACGUUGUCCCGAAAGACCUUCCACCCUUCGGCGGGAAUCCCGCUGAAUGGCCGUUGUUCUGGAGCAGCUAUGAAACCUCGUCGCAAAUGUGUGGGUACUCGUCGGCCGAAAAUCUGCUGAGGCUACAGCGAUGCUUAAAAGGGGAUGCCAGAAAAGCGGUUAGCAGUUUCUUGCUGCAUCCGUCCAAUGUUGGAGAAAUCAUGUCAACGCUUCGCACUUUGUAUGGCCGCCCGGAUGCCAUCAUCGGCUCGCUGUUGAAUGACGUCAGGAACACUCCAGCUCCGAAGCCGGAGAAGCUGGAGACUUUGGUAAACUUCGGACUAGUGGUGCGCAACCUCUGCGCACACCUGAUAUCGGCAGGACAGCAAACGCAUUUGGCCAACCCCAUCCUCCUCCAGGAACUUGUGGACAAGUUACCAGCCAAUGUCAAGCUUGGGUGGGCAUUGCAUAAACAAACAGUGGUGGAUGCAGACCUUCGAAGCUUUUCGGACUACAUGAGUGUUAUGAUCAAUGCUGCAAGUAGUGUCACUAGUGGAUUUGGGGAAUCUUCCAAACCGGAACGACAGAAAGGAAAGGCGUUCGUCAACGCGGUUCGUGCAGAGAUCGAUACCAACAGUAAUCCUGGAAGCAGCAGUAAGAAGAUCAGCGGUGGGAGGAAUAUGGACAAUUCGCAGACAUCGGGAGGUAUCAAGGUGCGGCCGUGUGCGGUGUGCCAAGUAGAUGGACAUAAACCAAAAGAUUGUCCCUCUUUCAAAGCGAAAACUCUCUCCGAUCGUUGGCAAACCGUGCAAGAAGCGCAUUUGUGCAAACGAUGUCUGUAUCCUCAUGGCAAAUGGCCCUGCAAGGCGCCUUUAUGUGGAGCUGAGGGAUGUCAGGAAAAUCACCACAAAUUUCUUCACCCAGGAAAUCCAAGAGCAGUCAUCAAUUCGGGAAAUAGCGUUUCCGCACCAUGCAGUACUGGAGUUGUAACCGUUCAUCAGCAAUCGCAUCAGAAAAUUUUGUUCCGUAUUAUCCCCGUCUCGCUUCAUGCAAAUGGGAAAACAGCGAACACCUUUGCAUUUUUAGACGGGGGAUCUGAUUCGACUUUGCUGGAGAGUUCAAUUGCCAAGCAGCUGGGUCUAUCUGGGCCAGCAGCUCCACUUUGUAUGCAGUGGACGAAUGGAGUGCGGCGAACUGAAGAGGAUUCCGAGCGGGUUCAGUUAGAGAUAUCUGGGAAUGGUCGAAAGCGCUACAAUUUGAGUGACGUUCACACGGUGUCGAGUCUGGAUCUGCCGCGGCAGACUAUGGACUUCGAGCAACUCCAAACGAAGUUUCCGCACUUGAAGGGGUUGCCCAUCACGAGCUACGAGGCAGCAGUGCCGGGGAUACUCAUCGGUUUGGACAACACCCAGCUGAAGACAACUCUGAAACUCCGCGAAAGUAGCAGCGAUGAACCCGUAGCAGCGAAAACGCGGCUUGGCUGGACGUUAUUCGGUAAAACUGGAAAAUCUGAAGCGUCGUCAUCGCACCGAGUUUUGCACAUCUGCCAGCAAUCAACGGAUACAGAUCUUCACGAGUUGGUGAAAAGCUUCUUCGCGAUCGAAGGAACCGGAGCUGAGGCGAACACAGUGGUCGAAUCGAAAAUGGAGAGACGAGCUCGGGAGAUUAUGGAGGCCACUACAGUACGUACGAAUUCGGGAAAAUUCGAAACAGGACUUCUCUGGAGGUUCGACAAGAUAGCAUUUCCCGAUAGCAGACCAAUGGCUGAGAGAAGGCUGCGGUGUCUCGAGACUCGACUGUCGAAGAAGCCAGCACUCUACGAAAACGUGCGGAAACAGAUGGUAGACUACGUCAACAAAGGUUAUGCUCAUAAAGCUACCAAAGAAGAGCUGGAGACAACUAAAUCAUGUCAAGCAUGGUAUUUACCACUGGGCGUGGUAAGCAACCCAAAAAAGCCGGAGAAAGUUCGUAUUGUGUGGGACGCUGCAGCUUCAGUUAAGGGAGUUUCAUUGAACUCGGUUCUCCUCAAAGGACCGGAUCUUCUGCAGUCUCUACCGACAGUUUUAUGCCGAUUCCGACAACGGGAGGUUGCCAUCAACGCGGAUAUCAGAGAGAUGUUUCAUCAGGUGUACAUUCGACCGGAGGACCGCCAAGCCCAACGAUUCCUUUGGCGAAACAAUUCGACGGAACCGAUGGAAGUAUUCGUUAUGGAUGUUGCUAUAUUUGGCGCAACGUGUUCACCGUGUUCUGCGCAGUUUGCAAAGAAUAUCAACGCUAGCGAGCAUGCGACGGAAUUUCCAAGGGCUGCAACUGCAGUAGUCGAAAAUCAUUAUGUUGACGACUACUUAGAUAGUACGGAUACCGUCAACCAGGCAAUACAGUUGGCAACAGAGGUAAAAUGGAUACAUCAGCGAGGAGGCUUCGAACUUCGGAACUGGCUGUCUAACCGCAAGGAAGUAUUGGAGAAGCUAGGCGAGGAAUCACCAGAUGCGUCGAAGAACUUCGUGAUGGGUAAAGGCUGUACGUCAGAGCGUGUUUUGGGCAUGAUUUGGCUACCGCAGGAGGACGUCUUCUCCUUCGCUAUCGAUUUCCGGAAAGAUCUGGAUCGGCUUCUAGGCGGCGACAUCUACCCCACCAAAAGAGAACUGUUAAGCCUUGUGAUGAGUAUAUUCGAUCCUCUUGGGCUUGCGGCAAACUAUAUCAUUCAUGGCAAGAUGUUGGUGCAAGACGUGUGGCGCACGAAUACAGCAUGGGAUGAGAAGAUACCGGAUGAAAUCUUCCCGACGUGGCAACGAUGGGUCCAGUCGCUCCGUGAGCUGACACAGUUUCGCAUUGACCGCUGCUACUUUCCGGGGUACACUCCUAAGGCACUGGAAACUUUGGAACUACAUGUGUUCGUCGACGCAAGCGUAUCAGCGUAUGCUGCAGUGGCUUACUUCCGCAUAGUGGAUCGUGGGACGGUCAGGUGUAGCCUCGUGUCGUCGAAGACCAAAGUAGCGCCGAUCAAACAACUCUCCGUGCCUAGACUGGAACUGCAGGCUGCAGUUCUAGGAACGAGGUUAAUGAAGUCCAUCAUCAGUAGUCACACGCUUUCGAUCAACAGAAAGGUAUUUUGGAGUGAUUCCAAUACCGUCCUAGCUUGGCUCCGUUCAGAUCAGCGUAGAUUUCACCAAUUCGUGGCGUUCAGGAUUGGCGAGAUUCAGGAGGAAACGGACGUUUCAGAGUGGAGAAAGGUGCCGUCAGGAUGGAACGUAGCAGAUGAUGCCACGAAGUGGGGCAAUGGUCCGAAAGCUUUGAACAGCAGCAGAUGGGUGCAAGGACCAGAGUUUCUCCACAAGGACGAAUCAGAAUGGCCAGAACAAAAAAGUGACUGGAUCACCGAUGAGGAAUUGCGAGCAACCGUGACCAUCCAUCGUCAGGCUGAACCAGAACGAAUUAUAGAGUUUGAUCGUUUCUCUAAAUGGGAAAGGUUGGUACGUGCAGUAGGGUACGUUCUGCGAUUCCGCAGCAAUCUCCAGAAAAGAUUACGUAAGCAGCAGUUACCCGGCACCAUCAGUCUAAGUAGCGAGGAGUUGUUGGAAGCAGAAAGGACGAUAAUCCGCUCUCUUCAACGAGAAGUAUUUUCCGAGGAAUAUGCCAUACUGGAUUCGAAACAACAGUCUGAGAAUGAUGAGCCCAAGACGGUAAAGAAGACCAGUAAAAUCUACAAGUUGUGCCCUUUCGUCGGAGUUGACGGCGUACUACGGAAGGACGGGCGCAUCGGUGCCGCUCCAUGGCUUACUAUUGAGGCUAAAUUUCCAGCCAUCCUUCCGAAAGCUCACUACGUAACGGCAUUAGUUGUCGACGAGAUCCACCGAAAAUUCGGACAUUCUAACAACGAGACCGUCGUCAAUGAGGUCAGACAAAGGUAUCAUGUGUCCGAACUCAGAGCUGUCGUAAGAAGAGUGGCCCAGCGCUGUCAACGAUGUAAGAUGCGGAAAGCAACCCCUCUACCACCCCGAAUGAGUUCUUUACCAGAGGUGCGUCUAACUCCUUACGUCAAGCCGUUUACCUACACCGGUCUUGACUAUUUUGGUCCACUUUCGGUGAGGAUAGGACGAAGUCAUGCAAAGCGAUGGGUGGCAUUGUUCACAUGCCUUACAACAAGAGCCGUUCAUUUGGAGUUAGCGUACACUCUAUCCACGGAAUCAUGCAAGAUGGCUGUACGGCGAUUCGUGGCUCGCCGUGGAGCUCCAAUGGAGAUAUACUCUGAUCAAGGUACAAACUUCCAGGGAGCCCGAAAAGAGCUGAAUGAACAAGUUCGACGGAUAAAUUGCGAGUUGUCUUCAACGUUCACCAAUGCAAUAACUAAGUGGAAGUUGAACCCCCCGUACGCUCCUCAUAUGGGGGGCAUAUGGGAAAGAUUGGUCCGAUCGGUGAAGUGUGGACUAGCGGCCAUGGAGAUUUCAAGGAAUGCGGAUGAGGAAACGCUUCUUACAGCGCUUGCUGAAGUGGAGUCUAUGGUGAAUACGCGUCCCCUGACCUAUUUACCGUUAGAUGCAGCAGAGGAUGAGGCGCUCACACCGAACCACUUCCUUCUUCUCAGUUCCAACGGUGUUUGUCAGCCGGCGGCCGCCCCUCAGGACGAAAGGUCAGCGCUACGGUCUAACUGGAACCACGUUCGGGUCAUGUUGGACAGGUUCUGGAAGAGGUGGAUUAGAGAAUACAUCCCGGUAAUAGCGAAGCAGUCCAAGUGGUUCGGCGAAGUGAAGCCACUAAAGGUCGGCGACCUGGUGGUUUCCGUGAAUGAGAACGUGAGGAACAGCUGGGACCGAGGAGUAGUUAUCAACGUAUAUCCAGGGAAAGAUGGAAGGAUCAGACGGGCAGACGUGAGAACGGCAGCCGGUGUAUUUCUACGGCCUGUGACUCAGCUAGCGGUCUUGGAUGUGCUGGAUAAAGGUGGUAUAGCUGAAGAAACUACCAGCAAUACGGGGUGGGGUAUGUUCGCGACAGUAGAAGACCCCUCGUCACCGGGUAUCACACGCAGCUCUCGGUCGACCGUGAUCAUGACAGACAAGAAUGAUGUCAUGUAAGCUGUCAUUAUCACUUUGAUAGAUGUUCAUUAUUAACGAAAAAGUCUAAUCAAAAACGAAGAACAGUGAAACACGUUAAAAAUUGAAUUCCUUUAUUAUUUGCUAAUUUUCCUGUAAGUAUUAAAUAAAUAUUGAAAUUGAGCACAAAUACUAAUUAAAUAAAUAGUUUACAAGGACACUGAUAUUAUACAAACUACUUGUUACACGAAGACGGAUUGUAAACGAAGAAGACUAGAUAAUGUAAGUAAAACAAACUAUUGAACUUUAAAACUAAUAACCAAACAAACAAUAAAUAUUUCAGCUUAAAGCUUACUCUGAACAAAUAGACGAGUUUGCCUUUGAGACGUCCGAACGACUUCACCGUCACGGUAACAACAUGUGUACGAAAACUGAUUUUGAAAAUAUUGCUUCGUUAUUUAAUGAAAAAUCAAAAACCAAAAAAAAGGAAAUGCUUCCAGUUUUGCCUUAAGCAUAUAGUGAGUUCUUCAUUUUUUCACUCUUCUAUGUUUUGUCCUCUUGACGGUUAGUUCUUUGGACGAUUUAAUACAUCCCAAAAUAGGAGCCUACAACAACUGUACAACAUUAUUGUGAUGCGUAAAUACGCAAUAAUAAAUAACCGUUCAGGACGCGCGCCAUCAAGUAGCUGAGGUUUUUUGGUAGUAUUGUACUUUUUAAAAACGGCGCGCGUCCUGAAUGGUUUAAAAAAAUGUGAAAUGCUGGAUUAAUACUAAUACUGUUUUUGUGUGAAGGUUUCCAAAAUAAAAUAAUGAAUAUUGAUUAUUUUAAAUCAAGUAAAAUCGACUUACGUUUAUUAAAAAUUAGCUGCUCGAGCAAAGUCGAAUAACAGCCCCAUAACAAAAUGAUAACUGGUGAUCACUUCAGAACUCAUUUACCAAUUUUGUGUUAUCACCCUGAUAAUUCAUGUAACCGCACCUGUCAAACUCUAAGGCGUCAUCAUCGAUAACAACAUCGGAAGUAAGUUAUCAAUGAUAGAGCAAUCUCACUGAUAACAAAAUGAGUUUUCAAUCAGAUCAAUUCAAUUGAUUUAAAGAAAUUGUUAUCAGAAUGAUGAUAACAUAAUGAGAUAUUUUAAUGAUAUCGUGGGUAUCAUUGGUUGUUAUCACGUUUGUUAUGUUGUCUGCUUAUUCAACCAAACUGAGAACAAAUUUUGAUAAUUAUUUUUGAUAUCAGAUAACACAGUUUGUUAUCCAUUUAUUAUAAAACUCGGGUGUUCCGGCAAACGUUUUGUUGCCAUUUUAGGUUGUGGUGGUUUGCGUGGUGGUUUGACAACUGACUAGUGCAUUCUAGAUUUGUUUCAUUAUAAUCGUGUGGAAUUUCUUCCCAACACAAGACAGUUUUAGUAUUUUUACAUUAUUUGUACUUUUGUGGUUGAACUUUUUAUACACUAAAUACGCCCACCCUGAAUACAGAUCGAGCCAUGCCAAAUCAUGCUGAUAGGUUCAUGAGCUAUCCACUUUUCCGCGAGCAGCAAUGGCGGCGGCGGAUAUAUCAAACCGGUUCAAAUUUUGACGUUUCUUGGAGGAAAGUCAAAACAGUUUCAUUCCCCUCCUCACCCCUUCACCUACUGUUUGGUGGCGCCAACCGAUUGCGAUCCCCAAGAAACGUCAAAAUUUGAAUCGGUUAUUUGUGAACGCCGUCGCAUUUACCGCUCGCGCAUAAGUGGAUAAUGCCUCAAAGCAAAUUCAAACAGAUAGUGUUUGUGGAGUAGUGUACUGAAAAAUUUUAAAAACUUUUUUUAACCGUCGCGCUGUUGUAUUUUGUACAACACAUUGAAAAAAUCUCGCUUUUGGAACUUAGCAUUAGCGUGGUGCUGACGGUGGUGGCCAACCGCACGAGUUAACUCAACAUACAUAUGUAAAGAUGGAUAAAUUAUUAGUAAAAUUGCGAAUUCCACAGCUCAAGUGAGAUUUGAAACCACGACUCUUAUUCGCUGAACAAAUGCUUUGCCAACUAAGCUACUGAGCCAAUUAUGAUACGGAAUUUUAGUUGUUAUACGGUAAUUCAAAUCUCAUCGAUCAUGCUUCAUCAUUCCCUUAAUACCUAUGUGCCUAAGCCUCUGAGCCUGACCCAAUUUCAAAACUUUAAAAUUCUGAUUCUCAGCCGUUUGUCAACGAAAGUUAGUAAAAUUUUGACAGUUGUUUAUUGAACCGGAAUCAUGGUUUCGGAUUUUUUCGUUGUUCCGGAUUCAUGGCAGGGGGUACUGAGGUAACCUCCUUAACCCUCGUCGUGCAUUAGGGUCAUUAUGACCCCAAAACGUGCACUACGUCAUCGAGGUGAGCAUCUGCUAAUGCACGAAGAAGUUUAACAGAUAAAGAUGCAACCUAUAAUUCGCCUUCGAAAACUAGCUUGCGGCAUUCCAAAUUUCAUGAUUUUGCAAAACAAGAGUUUUGAACCAUGAUUCUAGAAAUUUUGGAUACACUGGUCACGUCUCCGGAUGUUCCGGAGACUUGGUGCCCCCAGGGAAGUUACCACUUUCUGACCGGUUCUGAAACCUAGCUUGCGACAUACCAAACUGCUUUAUUUUGCAAAACUAGACUAUUGAUACAUGUUUUAAGAGAUUUCUGCAUCACCAUUGAUUACGGUUUCGUGUCUAUUAGUGUG